AUGCCCGUUUUCCCUGAAGGACGCUUUCACUCAUCCUCAGCGGACUUUGGGUUUAAUAUGCCCCUAGAGCUUGGAAACAUGAUGGUCCCUGUUGAACAGUGGAGUGAUCCCCUUUCAAUCUGGUCAACCGAUGCUUAUAACCUCCCUUCUGAUUGGAUGCCAUCGGAUCAGCAAUAUCAUUGCGAGGAAAUUCCUUCUUUUCCCUCAGCUUUUACCAGUGAUGUCCCACCAGGCGCAAGGCAAGCCACUGAAAUGGCAAUUCCCGAGCCUUUCCAAAUCAAGCAUCUCAAUUAUGGCGAGAAAGAAUGGCCAUUUGGUAUAAAGGAUCUUCCAGAUCCUGUAUGGGUAAAUCAGCCAGACCUUGCAACUAUAACCAAGCCUCCCCCAACGACAACAAGCCAGGCAAUUCUUUCCCCUAUGAAAAACAUUCGCAAGAGUCUCUUGAGAUUGAAAAUGGGACUCCUUGAAGAUUUGCAGCUGUUCGAGAAUGGAUCAAUGCUCCUACAAUCGUCAUCCCUUCUCUAUGAAGAUUCUAAUCUGUCAAUUGAGACACUCGACCUUCCAAUAUAUCGUCUACUGGAGCACAGUUCUUGGCUUUUGGCAAUUAUUCGAUAUUCGUGUGGUACAACGGAAGACACCUUGGAUGUUACAUUUGCUACUCAACGAUUUGAACCGGAGAACAGCGGAUAUGAAGACUGUUUGUUUAUCCUCCCGGAUGGCGGCGACAGUGGCGGGGAUGAAGGUGCCACCACUGUAUCCCCACAUGAUUCCGGCUAUCAUACCACGACGACAUCUCCGGAUCGAACAGCGUGUUCUACAAUCCCGAGGUGUGAUAUCGCCCUGUGGCUUGGAAUAUUGGAGGCGCAUUGUUCACUUGUUCGCAUAUAUCGUGCUGUUUUCAUGCGGUUAUACCAGCUGUUUCUCAUCAUCCCUCCAGCUGAUGCCGCCACGAUUCUGUUGUUACCGAAGGUACGCUUUGGGCAGUUUCACUUGGAUGGAAAUCUCAUUGUCCAAGUUCAAUUAUUGGUUGAGUUCAGCUCUGCAAUGAUGGGGAAGCUUGACCAAGCCCUUAAAUUACGUCCGAGCUCAACGCAACCCCAAGAGGAUCGAGAGUUUGAUCCAUCCGAAACCCUCUGCCAGAAGGAUUGGUCAACCUCAAUCCGGGACAUUGUCCUAGCACAGGAACAAGAUCCCUGUGAAAUGUCGUUGAUGGAAAUAAUGGACUGCUUGCGGCAACUUGUUAAGGACACGGUACUGCCGUUCGUCGUCUGA